UAAUCCUAUCUUCACCUCUUGCAGGCCCAGAAAACGAGAGUGGAGGAGAGAGAGUUUGAGUGUCUCUGUGUGUGUCUGUGCACCUUUGCGUCAGUACAAGCGCGUACGGGAAGGGAGAGAGAGUGAGAGAGAGAGAGAGAGAGAGAUAGAGAUAGAGAGAGAGGGGCUUCUUCGGUUCUUCCGUUUUGUCAUGUUAGCAGGGUUGCAUUCUUGCCUCCAUGUAUAAGAGUAGAAGGAAUUUGUCAUUUGAUGACUCAAGGGGCUAACCCUGUUCACUCUUUCUCUCUCACUUUCUCCACAAUAUUUGAUUUCCAUUUUUGUUAUAUUUGAUUCAUCCUCUUUCUUCUUCAUCUUAUUCUCUCUCUCUCUCUCUCUCUCUGUCUCUAUAUGUUCCAUCGAUCUUAACUUAAGGGGAAGGAAGAGACGGUUAUACCUAACUUAUAAAGGUAGAAAAAAAUAAAUCUAAACGAGUACAGAAUGAAUGGGCUUCCACCGAUUGAACCAGAUUACUCACAAUUUGUCGAAGUUGAUCCUACUGGAAGAUAUGGGAGGUACAAUGAAAUCCUUGGCAAAGGGGCAUCGAAGACAGUUUACAGAGCCUUUGAUGAGUAUGAAGGGAUUGAAGUCGCUUGGAACCAGGUAAAGCUUUAUGAUUUCCUGCAGAGCCCUGAAGAUCUUGAGAGGUUGUACUGCGAAAUCCAUCUCCUUAAGACAUUGAAGCACAAGAAUAUCAUGAAGUUCUAUACUUCUUGGGUUGAUACUGCAAACAGAAACAUAAACUUUGUGACUGAGAUGUUCACCUCCGGGACUCUUAAGCAGUACCGGGAGAAGCACAAGAGAGUUAACAUUAGAGCGGUGAAGCAUUGGUGUAGACAGAUCUUGAGAGGUCUUCUCUAUCUCCACAGCCAUGACCCCCCUGUGAUUCACAGAGAUCUCAAAUGUGACAACAUCUUUGUCAAUGGGAACCAAGGGGAAGUUAAGAUUGGCGAUCUGGGUCUCGCUGCAAUCCUCCGUAAAUCACACGAGGCUCACUGUGUUGGCACACCAGAGUUCAUGGCACCUGAAGUAUAUGAAGAGGAGUACAAUGAACUGGUUGAUAUUUAUUCUUUCGGGAUGUGCAUAUUGGAGAUGGUAACUUUUGAAUAUCCAUACAGUGAAUGCACACAUCCUGCCCAGAUCUACAAGAAAGUUAUAUCUGGGAAGAAACCAGAUGCUUUGUACAAAGUGAGGGAUCCUGAAGUGAGACAAUUUGUUGAGAAAUGUUUAGUCACUGCAUCUCAAAGGCUCUCAGCGAGGGAGCUUUUGAAGGAUCCUUUUCUUCAAAUCGAUGAAUUUGGUUCCGAUUUGAGGCCAGAAUUCGAUGAUGUGGGCCCUCUCCUAAGAGAACCUCAGUUUAUGCUCCAUAACAGUAACAGUUCAUUGACGAAUGGAUAUUUCAGUGGCUUUGAUCAUGAACCUGAGAAUGAGAGAGGUUAUCAAAUGUCUGAGAGUGAACCCAAUGGGAUUGAACUGUUCACAUACCAAGAGGACGACCAUUCUGAUGAUGUAGACAUCUCAAUCAAGGGGAGGAAGAGAGAAGAUGACGAAAUCUUUUUGAGGCUUAGAAUUGCAGAUAAAGAAGGCCGUAUUCGAAACAUCUAUUUCCCUUUCGACAUUGAAACAGAUACAGCUUUGAGUGUGGCAACAGAAAUGGUUGCUGAGUUGGAUAUUACUGAUCAAGAUGUGACUAAGAUAGCAGAUAUGAUCGAUGGGGAGAUUGCUUCAUUGGUGCCGGAGUGGAAGCUAGGGCCUGGCAUAGACGAAUGCCCUCUUUUUGUAAGUGCAAGUUCAAGCUUCUGUCACAAUUGUGCCUCCAAUGGCUCUUCCACUGGUUCCCUUACAGACUAUAUCUCCAUGAAUAAUCCAGGAGCCAAUAACCUGCAACGACUCCAGAGUUCUCUUCAUGGGUGUUCUGAAACACAUGGUCGGUUCGAGGAGAUCACAUAUCAAGUUGAGGGUUCAGAGCAUUAUGUAACAGAGGGUGCACUAAUCUUAUCAAACCAUUCCGAUGAGACACAGCAUGCUGAUACCUGGGCUCAACAGGAAGGCCCUGAAUUAAGUUUUGAGUCUUCUGGGGAGACCAAUUUUGAUGUGGAACAUGAGCAGGUGGAUCAAUUAUUCUGUUCCAAAGAUGAGAGAGUGAUAGGCAUCGACAAUCAAACAGAACUCAAUGCAAAGAGUGCCAUGGACCGGUUACCAGAUCAUGGUUCUAUUAUUAUUUUAUCAGCUUGUGACAGCUUCUCAGAUGAUUAUUACGAGAGUGAGAUCAGGCAGGAGAUGAGAUGGCUCAAAGCGAAGUAUCAUAUGGAAUUACGGGAGCUCCGUGAUCGACAAUUAGCAAUUAAGUUAAAAGCUUCAUCUUCAAGGUCCGAAAGCAAAGAACACAAUAUAUAUAAUGCCAAAACUCCGCUACAUGGAGAAAACAAUGAAGUCAACUUGAAAUCUUUGGUCUCUAUGGAGAAUUUAACUUCAUAUCUCCCAGUUCAUGCCCAGAAAAACUUCUCCAAGUCUGAGAUCCAAAGGGCUCGACAUUGUGAAGCAAAUGAUGAAUCUUCAAGUCCAGAGUACAUGGCCACUUCCAAGAGUUUCUACACAGGGUCUCUUCUUCCACAACCUAUUCACAGGACAACAUCCCUUCCAGUUGAUGCUUUUGAUGUUUAAAUGUAAGGCCCUCAUAUUCUUUUACUGGGUCCUCGGCUCCUCGCACACAAGCUAUAUAUUUACAGGAUUAGUAGACAAUUUUAGUGCUGCCCCCUGAGUAUACUUCCUCCCCUGUUAGAGAAGUAUAUGGGGUCCCUGUAAAUUAUGAGUAAAGAUGUAAUUUUUUUUUUUUAAUCACAUCGCCCAUUUACUGUAAA